CUUAAAUUAGACAAAUGUUGUCUAUAAAUAUUGCCUACCAUUAAAACAACAAUAGAAAUUUACAUUAUUAUUACCUAGUUUUAUUUUAAAUUAAAUCAAUUUAUAGAUGUGUUCCAAUACUCUACCAAAAGAGUUUGAGAAGAAAUCUGAGGUAUUACCUUUUACUAAAUAUGGAUUGUCUUCUAUCGAAGAAUUCAGUCGGGCAGAAGAAGAAGUGCGGCAUUUAGAGUUACUGAAAAAAGCGGGUUUGACUACUGACGAGAUCAAACUAUAUCAAGAGAAUGAAUGUGGUAAAUUGAAUCAGCAAAAUAAAGUUGAGACGGGUGUGUUAAAGCAAAAAUUGCAUUAUAUUUACACAAGAAUACAAAAUAUUAAAGAGCAAGUAAAACAACAAAAUAAUCAACCUUCUACAUCUAAAACUGAUGUAUCAAUAAAGAAUUUAGAGAGAAACAUACCUAAAAACACAUAUUGUGAUGGACAUCCUAUGAAUGAUAUAAAAACUUUAGAGAAUUGUCUCUUUGCGCAUCUUAAGGACGACAUUUUACCUUUGAGCAAAAGAAGAAAACUAUUACGACGUUUAGAACGUAAAAAAGAAAGAAUUUUAUCUCAGAAUAACACAGUUAUACUUGAUAACUCAAAUAGAAAACCAGUAAAUCGUCCAGGCAGCCUUUGGGAUGUUAAAGAACUGCAACAUAAGAUAAGUGAUCCAGAAAGAAAUAAAGAUAAACUCAUUGGACCAGUAAAAAAGACAUUAUAUACUAUUAAAAAUAAUAAAAUCGUAAGAUUAGAGCCAAUGGAUUCUUCAGAAAAUAGUGAAGACGAGUACAGAGCAGUCAAUAUUGUAGUGCCUAUAAACAAUGCAGAGGCACAAUUGCUUGAGGGCACAAAAAUGAGUAUAGAUGAUAUCAAGAAAAUUGAUAGAUUUAAAGAUUAUGAACCUGGUACACCUUCAAAGGUUUUAUAUUUGAAGAAUAUAGCACCAACGGUGACACAACAACAAUUGUCUGUGCUCUUCAAUCAGUUUGUAUUGGACAACGGUGGGCCUAUUGAUGUUCGACUUAUGACUGGUCGAAUGAGAGGGCAAGCUUUUGUGCGAUUCCAAAAUGAGAACUUAGCUAUACAGGCGCUAACAGAAAUAAAUGGUACAAUUGUAUGUGGUCGUCCCAUCAUAGCACAAUUCGGACGAAAUACCAACAGGGUACAGCGCCACGAGCGUUAAGAAACAUAAUCAUUAUAAUUAAUUUAAAGUGAUAUUAUUUACUAGUUAAGUUUACUCUAUUAUAUUAUGUAACCGUAAAUAAAUUGUCUAUGACGUU